CUGAAAACUUCCUUAACUGUGAAAGAUUCAAGUUCACAUGGUCCCGGAGGGAUAUUGACCUAGUGCGAAGGUCACUAGGUCAAUAUAUAAUGUCCUUAGCAGUGGCUAACCCAACAAAGCCAGAAGAAGAAAUUUGGUCCGAUAUUGUUGCCUGUGGAGAACAAGACAUUGAAAUAUGCAUCAUUGAUGAAGAGCAGAACAAAUAUGUUACAGCAGGAAGUCAGACUUUGUCAAAUGCAUCUCGUUCGGACGCUGGAAAUAUGAGCAAUGGUGAAGCCUUUGAUGAAGACAAAACAGAAAUUUGCAACCUAAAUGAACAGACAACACAAUCAGGUAGCAAGACAGCGUCAAAAGUAACCACUUCGUCAGAUGGAAAUACAACCCAUAUCAAGACAAGAAAAGCAGUUAGCAAGACCUCUUCAGAAGCACCUCGAUUGUCACGUGGCAAUAAGAGACGUAACAACAAGAGAAGAUUCCUGUGCUGUGCAGAUACACACUGAAUUGGGUGAACCGGAAUUAUAUUAUUAUACAAAUUUGAUGUUUAAUUUUUCUUUCUUUUCAUGAUACAGUUAUGAUGUUUGUCCUGCAUUUUCUUCGAUUCAGAGUAUAAUUCUGUCGAAGGUGUAUUAAUAACUAUAUUUUUAGAACUUAUGUAAACAGUAUGUUAAUUCGAAUUCCAAAAAUAUGUUUCAUUAUAUUAAGACAUGAAAUCAUGUGUAAGUUUACAUUCCAGAAUUGUUUCCUGCGAAAUACAAGUGUGUAAAAAUUGUAUGUGUUUGAUUUAAAAUGAGAGGUUACUUGACAACA